GUCUUCAUCUUCUUCAUCUUCAUCGGUGUGGCUGGAAUAUUGUGACAAUGCCCUCCGUCAAGAAGGCUCUGCAUUUUCUGGGUAGCGCGCUGGCUACUACGGUGUCCGUGGCCAUUUUAGGUUAUGGGAUGUCGACAGAAUGGGCCGUUUCCAAAAUGCUUUGCUCUGGAACUGAACACGUUUUCACCAACGGCUCCGCCAAUAUAUCAUAUGAGCUUUUCAUCGGGACGAUCGCCAGAGGUUCUUGUCCGGUGUUCGGAGGUGAAAAGACAAUUCAAGUGUUUGGGAAGUUGGCAGAGACAGGUGGAGCUCCUCAGAUCCUCCAUGGCAUAGUGAUCACCCUCCUGGCUCUGUGUCUGCUCUGCUCUGCGGGCAGCAUCCUCAUCACGCUGUACAACAGCGUCAGUAACCCCUACCAGACGUACAUGGGACCCAUAGGGCUCUACACAUGCAGCUCUGGCAGUGCGUGCUUCUCCUUCCUGGUGCUCAUCCUGUACGUAGUGAACGUCCAGCUGACCGACAUGUCUGAAGACCUGGUUAAGAACGACGUGGGAAGCGUUUCAGUCUACCUGAAGGACAAGACCUCAGAGUUCCAGAUGGGAUACUUCCUGCUGAUCCCCUACAUGGUGCUGAGUCUGCUAGCCAUCCUCCUGGUGUAUCUGUUUGAGCACGCUGCCUACACACACAGACAGGAGCAGCAGAGGCCCACGGAGGACGCUCCUAAAGAGAUCAUGAUGUAUUAAUAUAUAUGUACACACACGUCAGGAUACAGAUUCAUAAGAUCCUGACUACAACAUCUCCCUCACAGACUGACACUGACACUGUGUUGAGUAGUAAAACUCAGUGUCCUUGAAAUGGGCGUGUAGGAUCCAGGACUGAUCCGAGCUCUUAUAACAUAUCUCACAGGCUAAUAUAUAAUUAACUCAGAUCACCUUGUUUCAUCGUUACAACAUGUUCCUCUUGCUCUCUGUUUAUAUAUUUAUGCAUAGCUGAUAUUUACAAUCCAAUUGAAUUCAAAAUGCUUUAAAAAAAUGACACUGCCUGCUUAGUAAAAUAGCGUAAGGUUAAUGCAGUGUUUAGCUGAAAACAGAAGUAUACAGCAAGUUGAUUACACGACUAUAUAGUUUGUUUUGUUAAAUACCAGAAGACAAUACAUUGGUUUCUUCCAUAAAUACAUCAUAAUAUAUAUUCUCUAAAAUGUCAAUUCUAAUAAUAAACUGUGUGGAUAUUUUGGA